AGAGAUGGGAGACGACAAACAACUAUCAAAUAAAGAAAAUUCGCCGGAGUCAAAGUUAAAAAAAUAUCGCCUUAUUCAGAAAAUUGGAUCCGGAUCCUUUGGCAGCAUCUAUGCGGGGAUUGAUGUCACUGAUAAAAAGCCUGUGGCAAUCAAAGUCGAAAAAUCGGUUCAAACCCAGCUAUCAGACGAAGCAAAGGUCUAUAAUGCACUUGGAAAGGCAGCUGGCAUAGCACAAAUGCAUUUGUAUAUAGAAAGUGAAAUGAAUAUUAUGGUGUUAGAUAUGCUCGGCCCGACUAUUGAAGAUCUGUUCAAUUAUUGUAAUCGUCGGUUUUCACUCAAGACGGUUCUUAUGUUAGCAGACCAGUUAAUUCAGCGCGUGGAAUACGUGCAUAGUUGUAAAUACAUUCACCGCGAUUUGAAGCCAGAAAACUUUUUAAUGGGAAUUGGACCGAAUUCUAACAUGGUCUAUAUUAUUGACUUUGGACUAGCUUCUAAUAUUCGUUACGGUAAUCGACGUGGAAGACACAUGUAUCGAGGGAGUGACUCAAUGGUAGGCACCGCACGCUAUGCGUCUAUUUCAGCGCACAUCGGAUUUGAACAGGGUCGGAGAGAUGACCUUGAAUCGUUAGGAUAUAUUUUUUUGUAUCUUCUCCGAGGUAAGUUACCAUGGCAAGGUCUCGGGACGCAUGCUCAACAACGCAAAUAUGCAUCUAUUAUUGAAAAAAAAGUCAGCACGCCUGUUGAGCUCUUAAUCCAAGGCUAUCCCGAAGAAUUUGGAAUUUAUAUUGACUAUUGCCGCAGUCUUAGGUACGACGAAAUCCCAGAUUACGACUAUUUACGCAAGUUGCUCAGGGACUUGUACUACAAUAUGGGCUAUACUUAUGAUAACAACUGGGACUGGCUAGACCCAGGAUACAGAUUAGGAAAGUAUCAAACAAGGUCUAGAAGUAAUGUAUCCGCAAUAUCAGGAUGUAACUCAGACCAAAACUCUAGGAAAAAACUAGAUCCCAUCAAGUCGCUGUUUGAAAUAUGUAACAAGAAAAGGCCACACAUAAAAGGCUCAAAAAUGCCGGUUAAAGAAGCAUAAGUUUGAUGCUAUCUUUUGGCGAAGCUUCACUUUCAUGCAAAUUUCCUUUCGGAUGAGUGAGGCAUGAAUACAAAGCCUCUAUACAUAUAAGGAGUUCAA